CGGAGUCAGCUGCUCACGCACUGAACAGCUGAUAAAGUUAAUGCUCUCAGAAUCGAAUCAGCGAUAGCAUAAGCGAUAUUGAGUAAUAUAAUUAAAUAUAGUACUUAAUGUGAACAGGAGUCUUAAGUGCCGUGAUUAAGCAAGCAAAGCGCAUCAUCUCGCCCACACAUUGCGCGCACAACACAACAGAAAAUUGCAAUCCCAACCGCGUAGAAGAAGAUGUACACAAAUUGGCAGGCAACAAUGUUGCUGCCAUUGCUGCUGCUGAUUAUGAACAGUGCGCGGGGUAGCAGCAGCGAUCAGCAAAUGGCGGGCAGCAGGGAAAAGGUGCUGUCCGAACUGCAGGAGCCAUUCAUCGGUCUGGAGGAGACGCAAACAUUGCCACCCCACGAGCCGCACACACGCGAACAGGUCGAACUGUUGCGACACCUCAACUUUGUGCCGCCCGCCAUAGACUUUGGCAAGUGGUCGGUGGGUCAAACGGUAACACAGAUUGUGACGCUCUUCAAUCAGCACAGCAAUCGCACCGUGCAUCUGAACUCUGUGGCUGGGCCAAGUCCAGUGUUUUACAGCAGUUUCUUUGGCACUCGCGAUGUGCCGCCCCAGGGCAACACCACGUUUAGUGUGGUGUUCUUGCCCCGUCAACUUGGUGCCAUAUCAACGGGUCUACUCAUCCAAACGUCAUUUGGACGUGCCGAGUAUGCGGUGCGCGGCGAGGGCAGCGAGUGUCCAUAUCGCCUCAAGCCACUUGUGGGCAUCAAGGCGCCCAUGAAUGCAACGCUCACACCCGAAAUACACAUGUACAAUCCGCACGAGCGACCGCUGCAGAUACUCGAGGUUUACAGCAGCGGUGGCGAAUUUCAAUUGGAGCUGCCUAGUGGUAUGUCGGAGGCUCCGCAGAAAUUGUGGGAGAUACCGCCGCAUUCAUUGAAGCCCGUCAUACGCAUCUCGUUCCAUGGAAGAACGGCGGGCAAUCACAGCGCCUACAUACGCAUCAAGAUAGCCGAGCAAGCGCUGGAUGACUCAACGCCACUGGAGCAGCUCAAUGAGAAUGUGCUCGUCAUACCCGUUGAAUUCGAAAUCCUGCCCAAACACGGCGCCUAUGCCAGCAAUCCUGUGGCGGACUUUGGUCGUGUUGCCACCGAUCAGCAUGCGGAUGCAUUGCACUUCAAGCUGGACAUGCAGAAUCAGCAUGUGGAUGCGUCGCAGCGUAAGCUAAUUGGAAAUUAUUUGCGGGAGAUACCCGGUCUCAGCUAUGAUGCGCACAACUCGAGCAUUGUUCUCGAUCCCAAGCUGUUUGAGCAGAGCGCCAGCAUCAAUGAUUUGCUGGUCAUCAGCAGCGAGGAGCAACAGCAACAACAGUUUACGGUCAUGGUGCGUGCGGACAUCUUCAAAGGCGGCCUGCACUACGAUCGCAAUGUGACGCUGUUCAUCACCAGCGUGGACAGCGACGAGAUGCCGCUGCAAAGCCAACGCACGCUCGUCGUGCGCAACAAUUUCGCCUUUCCCCUGAAGAUCUACAAUCUCAGCUUAAGCGCGCCCAUUGAUUCAGCGCUGCUGGAGAUGUCGACGCUCGAACAGGAGCUGCUGCUACAGCCGGGAGAAUCGGUGGAACUGCUGCAGCUGCAACUGCUCAAUGCGCAUGCCAAAUUUAAUUCAGUGCUGCGCAUCGAGAGCAAUGUCACGAUCUUCGAGCUGCCUAUCGUUGCGUGCACGGGACUUUUGCAUGUGUCAACGCAAGCGUUUCAACUGCAGCUACCGCGCACGGAGAGCACCUAUGACCUGGGACUCGAUCUGGGCACAGUGCCAUUUGCGGAGCAGUCGCGCCAAGGUUACAUUGUGUUGCGCAACGACAAUCCCAUACCCAUAAAGGUGGCAAAUUGGCAUUUUAAACCGCCCGCCAAAGUCUACUUUACGGCCACGUUUCUGGGCUGCAUUCCCGCGGAUCAAGUUGUCACCACGGAGCAGAGUGCGGACCUGGAGGCGAACAACCACACGAGCAGCUUUCAAUUCUGCAGUCAACUUGGCGCUGGCGAAAGCGCCGUCUUUGUGCUCUACAUACAAACGUAUGUGGCCGAGGAGAGUGUGGGCACCUUUAAGCUGUCGACGCCCUACGAAAUGAUACGCAUUGCAGUCAAGUUUAAGGCGUCGGUGGGGCAGCUGGAUAUUGAGCAGGAGCAGCUGCAGUUCAAGUCAUGUUUUCCCGGAAAAAUGUGCUCUGCAGUGUUGAGCAUACGCUCCACUUUCACCGAUCCCGUGCACGUCACGGCCAUCACAUUUAAGCGGCAAGGGCUGCGCUUUAAGGACUUCAAUGCCAAGGGCACGACGAUUGGAGCCCAAACGCUGACGAAAGUGGGUCGCAUCUACUUCGAACCGUCGGCAUUGUGUCGCAAUGCCUGCUACAUUAGGCCAUCCAGCAAUGAGCACGCGAUCUUUCCCAAAAGCGACGCUGCGCAGCACACGAACAAUAACAAUCUGCUCUAUGAUGGCGCCGAGGUGCGACAACGCACCGAACUCUAUCGGCAGCUGAAGCGACAACUGCACUCGAUGUCGCUGGUGCUGCACAGCAAAGAGUUGCCGCCCCUGGAGCUGGAUUUUAGCAUUGGCAUCGAGUGGCCCAAGCUGGUGCAGCAUCAACCGUUGCCGCCCAUACCAGUUGUCGAAGUGGGUCAAGUGCAGCGCCAAUGGAUCACCAUCAGCAAUCCGACAACCCAACCACUUCUGCUCGAUUACUUUCUGUCCGAUCCACAAUACGCGCGACGCACUCAACUGUCGCUGCCGCACGAGGUGAUCGAUGUGAGCAGCAGCAGUUGCUACCUAACGGAUCAGCCGGUCUUCUCGUUGCCCGAUGCGACCUUUGCCGGCCCUGUGCUGCUGCCCGCAGGCGCCACCUUAACGAUACCAGUGCAGUUCAGCGCUCAGCUGGCGGACAAGUAUUGCACCCUGCUCCACGUGCGCAGCAAUCUGACGCUCUACGAGGCUGUUUGGUUGACGGCGCGUGCGGUGCAAUCGCAGUUUCGAUUUGGCAAUCGACGGCCCGGUUCCAGCACGCCGCUGCUCUUUGAGCUGAGCAGUCAGGCCUUUGAGCGCUGCGAUGGCAGUUCGAAGCAGUCAACGGAGGAGGAGGACACCACUAGUCAUCAGGUGAGCGCUACUCGCAGCUUUACAGCACGCAACGCUGGUGUGUUGCCCAUACGCAUUGAGGGAUUUCUGAUUGGCAAGCGACACUGCGAGGAUCAUGGCUUUAAGGUCAUCGAUUGCAACGGCUUUGAGCUGCGCGAGAACGAAACACGUAAAGUGGAGAUCAGCUACAGUCCGGACUUUACUGCGUAUCGUGUGCAACGUACGCUGACGCUGCUUACGAAUCUCGACUAUGACAUUCAAUACCAGCUGUUGGCCCAGUUGCCUGCCGAGAGUGUGGAGCGUUGUGCGGCCACCUUGCCGCGUCCCCAAUGGGAGCGUCUCUUGCGCAAUGCAGCGCUUGUGGUGCUUUUGGCCAGUUUCUGUCUGGUGCUGCUCACGGCCAUACUCGAUGCAAGGGCAAUUGUGGCACAGCAGAAUGCUUACGAUGCGGCACGCUACAAGAGUCCGUUGCAGCCCACGUUCAACCUGAGGAACAUAGUCAAGAUGCAGCUGCAGGAGGAUGCAGCCAGUGCGGCAGCAGCAGCAGCAAGUAGCGCCACAGCACUCAAGGCAGAGCAGCAGCAGAAACUACGCAACGGGCAGCUGAAGGAGCGCAAGCGAGCGACGGCCACGGAUAAAGUUAUUAGCUCUCGCAAGCCCAAGUCCUGGACAGCUUGGAGCAUGGAUCUGGGCAGCAGUGAGAGCAAGGCUGCAGCUGCUGCAGUCACACCGCCAGCCAAGCAGUCAAGCAAUUCACCCAAGCCCAGCAAGAAGAGUUCGCCAAUCGCUCAAACGCCGCCAACAGUUGUGCCAGCAACACGUGCCCCAAAGAAAAUGAAACCCGUCACUCCGCCCUCUGCCUUGCCCAAGCCCAAGCUGGACUUGUCACCCGUCGAGCCUCAGGAGAAGACCAAAGUCAGUCCCAAUGCCAAAUCCAGUCCAAGUGUAGCAGCAACAACACCCCCACAGCAACAGCAGCAGGAGAACGUAUCGCCAAAACCACCAAAAAGCUCAAUGGAAACACCCAAAGAACGCGUGCUCAAGGAGCAAAACGGUAGCGCCAAGAAGCUGGGCAAGACGCCAGGCCGCGAGCGACGCAAGGAACAGAAGCCAACGCAACUAAAUGGUAUAGGCGGAGCAAGUAAGAAGACGACGGAGCAGCGCAAACCACGCAGCAAGCAGCUCAAUUUCAAUGGCACUCCAAGUGUCACCGAGGGCAAUGUGUCGCCAUUGACAACCUCGGAUAUUGACACGAUGAUCACGAAUCCCUUUCAGACAAGCAGUGGCGUCUACCUUGGAGAAGUGUUGCCAUCAAAGCCGUUGCCAGUCCUGGAGUGCAAUACGAACUGGGCGCCCGCUGAAAACGAUCUAGGACCCAUUGGAAGUCGCAAGAGCGUACAGACGCAACCGAUGUCAAUGGGUUGGGACACACAGAUGACGCCAGAAGCAACUGUUUCGAGCAAUGUCCUGAUGAACGGGCUCUUUAAGAACCCGCAGCCGCCUCCCAUGAACCAUCUAAGCAUGGAUUUACCCACUAUAAAUGGUUAUGGCAGCAAUUGGUACGACCAACCGCAGCGUGAGCGUGAGCGUGAGCUUCAGGAGCAGCAACUGAAUGAGCAGCAUCAAAUGAUGCUGCUGCUCAAGAAGCAGCGCAUGAUGCCUAACCUAGACGACAGCAAUUGGCCACUGAAUGCCACAAAUGGCGCAGCUGCAACUGGAAACUCUUGGUCUUCACUUGACUUUGGCGGAUGGCCUAAUCCGGGUUCUUUGCGUACAUCUCCAAUGCACACGAUUCAUCCCAGUCUGGGCAUGGGUUACAUACGUCCGCCUCCUGGUCUUGAACAGAACUACAACAACAACAAUUGCCAAUUUCCUAGUGUCGCCGGAGUAGCCGAUAUGCAAUCGUCAGCAGCCGCAGCAGCCUUCAUUGCCAAUCAUAGCAAUCAAAGCAACAACAAUCAUAUCGAUAACGCACAACAACUACUACUACAACAACAACAACAAGAGGAGCGUCAACAGAUGCCCACCCAAUAUGAUCCAUUUACCUCGCCAAGCUCAAUCUGGUCGGACAAUUGGCGCCAGCGCAACAAUCACAUGAACUGAACUGGCUCUAUCGAAGCUCACUGAUCAAAUUUAAGCAACCAAAUGAAAUUCUUACUCUUUAGACACUUAGGACUAAAUGCAAAAAAACAAAAACUAAACAAAAAAAAGAAAAGAAAAGAGAAAACAAAACAAAUCAAAGAAGAAUCACAGUGAAACAUGAUCUUUUCCAAUUUGACUUUUGACUAAAUAAACCGCAAAGAUUAAUGACUUUCAUUAUACAUAUGCGUAUAUACAAAUA